GAACCACCAAUAGCAAAACCUCAUUCUCUUCAAACUCUCCUCUUUCUCUCUCGCUAUACCGGUCUUCCUUUCAUAUCAAGAGAAGACAACGUUGACCCUGAGAGAGAUCCAGGCCUCCUCCCGCCCGCUCCCCCCCCCCCCCCCCCAUCUGCGUUGAAUUCAAUCCAACACAACUGCUUUGCUCUUCAAUACAACCCAAUCUAUUCCAUCCAUCUUGUAAGUCUUCCCAUUUCAUACAUUUUCUUCAGUUUGUGUUGUGCUUGUACAUACAAUGGAUAGCAAUUACACAACCAUAUCAAAUAACUCAUACGUAGAUUUACAAAUACGCGAUGAUCCUCAAAACCCAUUACCCCAAAGAAAAACCCACAUCAAAUUGCACCCUCUUCAUGAAGUUGAGAAUUUUAUUGGCAAUGGCCAAAGUCUUGACGACGACGAUCAAGAUGAUUUUGACAUUGAUGAUUAUCCACUCGUUUCGAAAAAGAAAACAAGUAAAGAUUCUGGUAUUUAUGGCGCCGUUUUUAAUCUCACUACUUCCAUUAUUGGGGCUGGGAUUAUGGCCUUACCUGCUACAAUGAAGGUUCUUGGAUUGGUUUUGGGAUUUGUUUUGAUAAUAGUAAUGGGUAUUUUGUCUGAAAUUAGUGUUGAAUUGUUAGUUAGGUUUUCAGUUCGGUUUAAGGCUUCUUCUUAUGGUGAAGUUGUUCGGUUUGCCUUAGGGAAACCUGCUAAGGUUUUGUCUGAAAUUUGCAUCAUUGUGAACAAUGCCGGUGUUUUGAUUGUGUAUUUGAUAAUUAUAGGUGAUGUCAUGUCGGGAUCGCUCCAUCAUGUCGGGGUUUUCGACCAGUGGUUAGGAAAUGGGUUUUGGGAUCAAAGGAAGUUGGUGAUUUUGGUUGUUGUGGUGGUUUUUUUAGCACCCCUUUGUGCAUUGGAUAAGAUUGAUUCUUUGAGCUUGACUUCGGCUGCUUCUGUGGCUCUGGCUGUGGUUUUUGUUGUGGCUAUUUUGGAUUUGCUUGUGGUGAUUCCGAUCAUGACAAACGCUUAUGUUUGCCACUUCAAUGUUCAGCCUAUAUACAACGAGCUUGAAGGACGAUCACCUCAGAAAAUGAACAGGGUGGGCAGGAUCACCACUGUUCUUUGCGUUGUGGUUUAUGCUUCAACUGCGAUAUCAGGUUAUUUACUUUUUGGCAAGGAUACUGAAUCUGAUGUGUUGACCAAUUUUGACAAGGACCUUGGAAUUCGUUUUAGCUCUGCCUUGAAUUAUAUUGUUAGGAUUGGCUACAUUCUUCAUUUGGUUCUCGUUUUUCCUGUUGUUCAUUUCUCUUUAAGACAAACAGUGGAUGUCUUGGUGUUUGAGGGAUCAGCUCCGCUUUCAGAGAGUAGGAAGAGGUCUUUGGCCUUAACAGCUGUUCUAUUGGCACUGAUUUAUUUUGGGUCUACUAUGAUUCCAAAUAUUUGGACUGCUUUCAAAUUUACAGGGGCGACAACGGCAGUUUCAUUAGGUUUUAUAUUCCCAUCUCUUGUUGCAUUGAGGUUAAGUCAGAGUGGGGAGGAUUUAAACGUUGGAGAGAAGUUUUUGUCAUGGCUGAUGUUAAUAUUGGCUAUAAUAGUUAGUAUUGUUGGAGUGAUUGGCAAUAUUUAUAGCCUCAAAAGCGAUUCUGAAUGAUUCUUAGUACUUUUCAGAUUUGCUUUUGUUUAACUGUAAAACAUUCUCAAUUUUGAAAAAAUAAUGGGGGUGCCAAUUUCUUGUUCUCAUUUUGAUCAGUGCCUGUUUGCUUUGAACCAUCAAAUCAAACUGGGGUUGACACUUUGGCUAGUACACCGUUUCAAUCUAAAGUUCCAGGUCCAGUUUAGAAGACCUCUGUGGCAUACUCAUUUUUAGAUUUGGUUCAGCAUUUCAUUGGUUACUUCAGGAGAUCACUUCUGUGGUUACCCACCAUAUGUAAGGUGAUUGAAAAUUACACAAUUUUCGUCCAAGUAGAUCAUUAUUUAGCCCCCGACAUUUCUUAAUGAAGCUGUCUGUUUAAAUGGUAUAAUUCUGCAAGAACACUUCUAUUGUAAUUUUUCAUUUGACCAAGCGCUGGAGGAAGCUUUAUUUUAUCUCUUUGAUAUGUGAAACUUUGUUCUCUGUUAA